CACACCCUGGUGAUAUUUAACAACCUGGACGUCCCGAAGAGGGUUUUCAGGUUCUACCGGUGGUUUCCUUUUUAGCUCCCUCCUCCAAUUUGAGUUUAUAAACGUUAAUAACCCGCCUCGCCGCUUCCGGUUAAUCUCCUGCACUUUUAUAUCCUCGGCUCUCAUCGUCUCCUGGUGUUUGUGGACAUCCGCGGACACACCCUCCGAGUUUACGCAGGGACAAUCGCGGUCGUACAUUCCGUUCAAUAAUAACUGGGAAAGAAAUGGCCUAUCCAGGAUACGGCGCCGGUCCCGGUGGAGCCCCAGCGCAGCAGGAUCCUCUCUACGGAUAUUUUUCAGCUGUAGCAGGACAGGACGGACAGAUCUCAGCGGACGAGCUGCAGCGCUGCCUCACGCAGUCCGGCAUCUCUGGCUCAUACCAGCCCUUCAGCCUGGACACCUGCAGACUGAUGAUCAGCAUGCUGGACAGGGACAUGUCUGGCUCCAUGGGCUUUGCUGAGUUCAGGGAGCUGUGGCAGGCUCUGAAUGGCUGGAAGAACACCUUCGCCUCCUUCGACCGGGACCACAGUGGGACAGUGGAGGGCCACGAGAUGCAGCAGGCCAUUACCACCAUGGGUUACAAUCUGAGCCCUCAGGCCAUGAACUGCAUCAUGAAGCGCUACAGCAUACACGGCAGGAUCCCCUUCGAUGACUUUGUGAGCUGCAGUGUGAGACUCCGUGCCCUGACUGACCAGUUCCGAAGGAGAGACACGAACCAAACUGGCAGCGCCUCAUUUCACUACGAUGAUUUCAUCCAGGUCACCAUGAGCAUAUGAAGAGGACGAGGCUGAACUGAAGGGACACACGAACAUUUUAAAAUCUUCUCAUAUUAACAGCAUGUCAUUUCUAUUUGUAUUUUUACACACUUUUUUGUUUUUUGUUUUUAUUUCUGAUGUAUGAACAAAAUUAAAGUGUCACUGUCACAUUCCAUUUUAACAUGAACAUUAAACACGUGCUGAUUAUUAAAUAUCUAACAGGAAUGAUGUAACCUCAGACUGUACCAACAACAACCACUAGACGAGUGCCUGUCAGCCUGUGUACUGAAGGGUUUUAUCAUUAGCACUCGUACAUUUAUAGCCUUUUACCUCAAGAGUUACCGUGUUAGUGAGUGUGAACAUGUAUGAAAUUAAUAAACAUGGACG